UAAAGAAAAAAAAAUGAAGUCAAUUAUACAACACCCCGACUAUCUGUAGCUCCCUCCUUCCCAGCGCCUCCUCUAUGCUUUAAACUCCAACAGCUGGUGGCUCCACAUGCGCGGCGGCGCUCCGUAGCCUCUCACCGCUUCCAGCCCGCAGGCAUGUCGGCCGGGGGCUCCGGCGGCACCCCGGACAACCCGGCAGACCAAGCUGCAGAGGAGGAGGAGGAGGGGCCAAGCCAAGCAGGAUUGACAAUGCCAUCUGUCGAGCUGCCAAGGAAACGGAAAGGAGAGGUGGAAGAGAGGUCAGACACCCGUGUACAGCAAAACUUCAGCUUCAGCCUAGAGGAUGACCUCUGCAGGUCUGAGGGGGAGGAUCAGCAAGUCAAAAUGAAAUGCUAUAGGGAGCCUCACCGGCAGAUUGAGAAGCGGCGGAGGGACAAAAUGAACAACCUCAUAGAUGAGCUUUCCGCCAUGAUCCCUGCCUGUCAGCCAAUGGCGCGGAAGCUGGACAAGCUCACUGUUUUACGAAAAGCUGUACAACACCUGAAAGCCCUCAAAGCCGGAGCGAGCGGCGCCUUCGCAGACACCAAGCAUAAGCCUUCCAUCCUGCCUCAUGACGACCUCUGGCAUCUUCUGCUCAGGGCUGCAGAUGGCUUCCUGUUAGUCGUAAGGUGCGACCGGGCAAAGAUCCUAUUCAUCUCUGAUUCUGUCUCCAAGAUCCUUAACUUCAGCAAGAUGGAGCUAACAGGACAGAGCUUGUUCGAUUUCAUCCACCCCAAAGAUAUCCAUAAGGUGAAGGAACAGCUUUCAUCCUCAGAGAUGCUCCCCCAGCAGCGCCUCGUCGAUGCCGCGACUGGAGUCCAGGUCCAGACGGAAACCCCCAUCAGGCCGUCGUACUUGACCGCUGGAGCUCGGAGAUCCUUUUUUUGCCGUAUGAAGCACAGUCGGGUCGCAGGGAAGCACGAAGACAAGCACUCACUGCCUGGUGUUUCUAAGAAGAAAGAAACAUACAGAUACUGUACCCUCCAUUGCACCGGAUAUAUGCGGACUUGGCCGAGCAGCGAACUGGAUCCAGAGGGUGAUGGCGCAGAGAAAGAGACCGCCAGCCUGAACUGCCUAGUCACGGUGUGCCGCCUCCAUCCCCACGUUUCCCACCAGCCCCCAAAAGACGUCAACGUCAAAGCCACCGAGUUCGUAACCCGCUGUGCAAUCGACGGCAAGUUCACUUUUGUAGAUCAACAGGCCACGACAGUCAUUGGUUAUUUGCCACAGGAAGUUCUUGGCACCUCUUGUUACGAGUACUUCCACCAGGAUGACCUUCAUCAUCUGGCAGGGAAACACAGACAAGUUCUUCGAAGCAAAGAAAAGAUUGAGACACAAUGCUACAAGUUCAAAACAAAACAUGGCGCUUAUGUUACGCUCCAAAGCCAGUGGUUUAGUUUCACCAAUCCAUGGACCAAAGAAGUCGAGUUCAUCGUUUCUUCAAACAGGGUUAUCUCGGGGCCUGGUCACGAAAAAGAUGAUAGUGAGGCUGGCAGCUCAAAAUCGAAUCAGGAAGACUCUAAGCAAAUCCCGGAAAUACUCGGCCUCUCCAGUGGUGUAGGCACGAUGAUCUACGCAGGCAGCAUAGGGACCCAAAUCGCAAAUGAACUAGGAGACACAUACAGGGCAAACUCAUCUCCAUCAAGUGGAGCUUCAAGUCCAUUUGGCUCUGUCCAGGAAAAAUGUCCGCUGACCAGCAGGAGUACUUCCAGCAGAGAGGAAGAAGCAAGCAGCUCUUCAAACUCCCAGUCUCAGACUGAUUCCGGUAAAGAAGCUGCGGGAAGCAGUGCAGCAUCUGAAUGUCGAGGUGAGCCAUCCCAGCUGGAUUUGGAUGUCCCCGGGCUCAGCAGCUUCAGCAGCGACGAGGCAGCCAUGGCCGUCAUCAUGAGCCUGCUGGACUCCGACGUGAACAUGGGCCAAUCAGGGGACUUUGAGGAUUUACACUGGCCUUUCUAGAGGGAGCUUGUACUCUCAGUCACUCCUCUAAAGUUCUUUGUGCCCUUUUCCUUACCAUAUGCCAAGAACAUGUGAACGAUAUAACCAAUGGUUGUCGUCCUCAAACUAGUGAAGGCACUGGACAUUUCCUAGAGGUUGCAACGUGUCUUACGUGAGGACUUCUGUGUGGUAACUUGAGAAUUGUUGUGACCAAUCUUCUUGGUCUCUUGAUCCAUGCUUGAAGCAAAAAGAGGGCAAAGUGCAUCUGGAGCCAGUGGUGAGCCAGAGUCUUCCUCAGUGAGACCUCAGCACCUCAAGGUGGUCUAGACAAACUUGUGUUUGCUCUGCUGCCAUCAGUUACCAGGGCAUGAAGAAGAAUGAAACUCUUGUCAUGUUCAGUGCUGCUAUAAAAACUCCUCAAACGUUAACAGCUAUGUAUUUGCAUUUGCAUAAUGAAGACUGUCCUAUUUUUUAUUACAUGAAUGAUUGUGUUUUUUUUCAUAUUUAAAGCCCUAUUUGCAAAAUUCAAAGUAAAAUAAUUCUAUGAAAGGUACUGUUUUGUCUAAACCUAUGUUCUGAGAGGGCUGAAAUGAGGCCAUGUAUCCUUUAAGCAUUCCUAGAUCCCCAAAUCUCAAAGAGGUGUAAACCAGCAAGAGUCGCAGAUUAGUAAAACGGAAAAAUCUGAAUUUACAAAUGCAUAUCAGUAACAAUUUAGAAAGCUUGGUGUCAAAAACUGAUUAAGUUAGGUACGUCUUCUAGUUCGUAUUGUUUUGUACUCGUCAGUCAAUUGGGAAAUACAGUCUUGUUAAGCUGGGCAUACACUUAACAAGUUUUUUACCCUUUUUGGGCCGAUUCUCUUGUUGUGCGAGAAUUUUAGCCUCAUUGUGCGUCCUGUGUCGCGUAGUAUACAUGAGGUAACGAGGGGGGAUUUGCUGCUUAUGAUCAUCUCCCGAUCAGAAAUCAGAAGGUUGGGAGAAAAUCAAACAUGUUUAAAAUUAAGUCGGCCAUGGUAAGAUGUUCGUGAGCAAAUUCUGGUGUUGAAGCAGGAAUACAACCGAUGUGUCCGACAGGUCCGACAUGGCUUUUUGAUGUACGGUUGUACCUGCAAACCUGCAUUGUCAUUGUACAGUUUGAGCUGUAGCUGAGUACAACGAUUGAAAAUAUUGUUUAUGCCCGGCCUUAGAAAGUACGACUUAUAUCAAGGUGUACAUAAGGAAAAAGGAUAUAUCUUGACAUUGUGAGGGUUUUAUGUUAGGUGCCACUGCCCUAUUUGGAAUUUUAUAGGAUUUAGAUCUGAGGAAGUAAAAUGGAUGUGAAAGAAGGUACUUGAGAGUGUUGCCAACACCUCAGGUGUCUUUUAAAGCAUUGCAGAGAGGUAUUAAGAUAGCUGGAAGGGGGAUUUUAAGAGUAAUAGUUUUAUAGUAACAAAAAAAUACAUAGUAUUUAGCCAUUUAGUUCCACACUCCAUACCAGGUGUUGGUAGUAAGGCACCAUUAGUUAUUUGCCAACCGCCAAAAGAACUUGAUGUAGAAGAAGCAGUGCAGUGAAACACAGAGAAAGAAGGAGCAGAAAGGGAGAAAAGCAUCAGCCAACGAAGAAGCAAGUACUGUAAAUUACUGGAGCAGGUUUGGUUCUCUCUCGGUAUGCAGUAGUAUGCAGGCAGCUUGCCUUGCAUGACGACAGCUGAGAUUGAGAGGUAGCGUGAGGAGGGCUUAUUGAUCCAUUCGCUCCUCACUCAGGAGGUGCUUUUAUGUGUUGUUGCCAAAGUCUCCAUUAAUAUAGAAAAAAAGUUGCUAGAUUUGGCGCUACAGUAAGUACUUUUUCACAUUAAAAGGUCAUAGAGAGGUCUGAGAAAUUGCUAAAUAUAGCAACAAAAUCGCUACGUUGGCAACACUGGUAAUGAGUUCACAGAAAUGGUUGUUUGUCCCAUUGAAAGUCUAGUUUCUGUUUUCUGCUAAUCUGGUAUGUAAUACAAUCCAUGAUGCAAUGCAUCUGCCUUUGGUUUCAACAGUGAAGGAGGACAGUGGUUUACGAAGGUAAAGCCUGGUAUUGCCAUACUACAUCACUAGCAUAUGCCUUUAAAUCACUCUAUAAGCGAGUCUGCUGCAGAUUUGUUCACAUUUUUGGGAGCGAUCAGAAGAUGUUGAUGCAAAUUUUUAAUUUUGACAAUGCCAUGCAGACGUCUUAAUACUUGAAACAAAAAGCGAAACUGACAGCAUCAGCAACUUUCUGAUAAUUAUCUUUAAAGAAACCAACAGCACCUUUUAAUUCUUUGUUUGUGGGUCUUUAAAUGACAUAAAGAAAUCCUAGAAAAGAAAAACUUAUGUUAGGGCAAAAGUAACGUCCUUAUCCGGACACAGCAGAGCACUGUGAACUCCACACAUCGGUUCCCAGUGGAACACAUCAGAAGCAGCAUAAAGAAGAACCCACAGCAUCCCGGAUCUUCCACCGUACACAUCAGUUGGCAUGAUAUGCUCUUCCACAUCUUCAUUUCAUGGUUCUAUAACUGACCCACCUGAAAUGGUGCAUCUGCUUCUCAUCCAAUCAAAGCACACGUUUUCAGUUCUAGUUCAAACGUUUAGCAGAAUGAACACAUUUUUGAUGACUGUCCAGAAAAGCUUUUUGUAGCGAUAUGAGUAGCAAACAACCAAUCAGGAUGUAUGUCUUAUGUUUGUGUUGCGAAAUGGCAGACCGCUAAAAUUCAGGUUUUCAGUUUUUGGGAGACAAAAAAAACUUUUAAAUAACUGUGCAUGUAAUUUUGAUUAAAACAUGUAUUUUUGGCACUAAAUUAACAUUAAAGGUGUGAUACUUAAAAUAUUAUAUAGAUUAUUGCUUUUUACACGUUGGCGACCUGGAAAGCCAAUGAGCAAUGACUCUCCACAGGAAGUACGGUCAUAUAUUUAUGUAAAAAAAAAAGCCAAACUGUUAUUUAUAUAAAAUAUUUACAGCUGGCUGUAGCAAAAAAUAACACAUAACUGCAACUUUAUGUGUACAUAAUGUAUAAAUGAAUGGUAAUGUGGGAUUAUUUUGGCUCAGGACCUAUACACACAGCAAUGCUGUGCACAAACCGAGCCAUUAGGCAUGUCAAUAAUCCCAAGCAACACUGGAGGUUUACAAAUGUUCCUCUCAUUGAAAGUCCUGUUAUGGUGUCCUCAUGAAAUUCAAGACUUGAAUCAAAAGAUAUAGAAUUUCUCCAAAUAUCCUUAAAUGUCCUCAUUUUUAUUUUAUUCAUAGCUGGAAUAAACACUAGUUUCAAAACCUCGUUCAAAGUUAAUAUUUAUCCAUGAUUGUCAUAAAUGACUUUAAUUUGCAGCCCUCUAGAAUUCAUGUCUUCUGUAUAAAUAAUAUUUUGUUCAGAAAUCUUAGAUGAAAUGUGUUUUUUUUUUCCACACAUGAUAUAAGCAGAGGUAGCAGAAUAAAGUUAGGGUUUUAAAUUGUUACCUGAUUUUCUUCAACAUUAGUCAUGAGUGGAAAUGACUAUGAGGGA